AAAGAAUAGAGAACCCAGAAAUGGACCCUCAACUCUCUGGUCAACUAAUCUUCGACAAAGCGGGAAAGAAUAUCCAAUGGAAAAAAGACAGUCUCUUCAACAAAUGGUGUUGGGAAAAUUGGACAUGCAAAAGACUGAAACUGGAUCAUAUCCUUACACCAUACACAAAAAUAGACUCAAAAUAGAGGAAAGACUUAAAUGUGAGACAGGAAUCCAUUAAAAUCCUAGAGGAGAACACAGGCAGCAACCUCUGUGAACUCAGACGCAGCAACUUCUUGCUACACACUUCUCCAAAGGCAAGGGAAACAAGGGCAAAUAUGAACUAUUGGGACUUCAUCAAGAUAAAUAGCUUUCGCACAGCAAAGGAAACAGUCAACAAAACCAAAAGACAACCGACAGAAUGGGAGAAGAUAUUUGCAAAUGACAUAUCAGAUAAAGGGCUAGUAUUCAAAAUCCGUAAGAACUUAUCAAAGUCAACACCCAAAGAACAAAUAAUUCAAUGGCCAGCAGACACAUGAAAAAAUGCCUAACAUCACUGGGCAUCAAGGAAAUACAAAUCAAAACCACGAUGAAAUACCACCUCACACCCGUCAGAAUGGCUAAAAUUAACAAGUCAGAAACGACAGAUGUUGGUAAAGAUGCAGAGAAAGGGGAACUCUUGCACUGUUGUUGGGAAUGCAAGCUGGUGCAGCGACUCUGGAAAACAGUAUGGAGGUUCCUCAAAAAGUUGAAAAUAGAGCUACCAUAUGACCAGCAAUUGCACUACUGGGUAUUUACCCCAAAGAUACAAAUGUAGUGAUCCAAAGGGGCACCUGCACCCCAACGUUCAUAGCAGCAAUGUCCACAAUAGACAAACUGUAAGAUGAGCCCAGAUGUCCAUUGACUGUUGAAUGGGUAAAAAAGAUGUGGAUAUACACACAAUGGAAUACUGCUCAGUCAUCAAAAAAAAAUGAAAUCUUGCCAUUUGCAAUGACGUGGAUGGAACUAGAGGGUAUUAUGCUAAGCAAAAUAAGUCAGAGAAAGACAAAUACUGUAUGAUCUCACUCAUAUGUGGAAUUUAAGAAAACAGAGGAUCAUAGGGAAAGAGAAGAAAAAAUAAAACAAGACAAAAUCAGAGAGGGUGACAAACCAUAAGAGACUCUUAAUCAUAGGAAACAAACGGAGGGUUCCUGGAGGGGAGGGGGCUGGGGGGAUGGAGUAACUGGGUGACAGGCAUUAAGGAAGGCACGUGAUGUAAUCAGCACUGGGUGUUAUAUAAGACUAAUGAAUCACUUGACCUCUACCUCUGAAAUUAAUAAUACACUAUAUAUUAAUUAAUUGAAUUUAAAAAUAAAAAUAAAGGAUUUUACACCUCCCUGGAAGGAGCCCUCCACCCUUUCUCAUGUGAUAGUUAGAUGACAAAAACUAGAUUGGUGACAGGUGCCUGGAGGGUUAAUCAGAUUAGAACAGAGCCAACAAGCUGCUAAAACCCCUAGACUUAGAAACUCUAGUGGCAACCCUCUCGGGUCCCCUCCCUCUUCAGGAGCUCUGUGCUAAAGCUCAAUAAACUUUGCUUUGCUGCCCACCACUCUUCGUCUGGUCUACCUCUUCAUUCUUCGUGCAGUGUGACCAAGAACUGCGAGAACUGAAGGAAAAGAAAUCUUGCAACACGUCCCCUUGGACAUUUCAAGCACUUCAUUAAAAACAUAACCUAAGCUAGUUUGGCUACUCUAAGAAAUGAUAUGAUUAUGUUCUUAAGUAUACAUUCAGUAUAAAUAUCAAUACAAGAUUUGAAAAUUAAAUAUCCUAUUAAUCCAGUAUUUUAUUUUAUUUUAUUUUAAGAUUUUAUUUAUUUAUUUGACUGAGAGAGACACAGCGAGAGAGGGAACACAAGCAGAGGGAGUGGGAGAGGGGGAAGCAGGCUUCCCUCUGAGUAGGGAGCCCAAUGCGGGGCUCGAUCCCCAGACCCUGGGAUCAUGACCUGAGCCAAAGGCAGAUGAUUAACGACUGAGCCACCCAGGAGCCCCUCAUCCAGUAUUUUAAAACAAAUUCAAUUUAGAGACUUAAAUAUUAGGGGAUCACCUAUCUUUAAAUGUAGGUGUACUGGAGUCAUUGCUUGACCUGGGUCGUUGGUUGCUUCUGUACACCAAGUAAAACAUUAACUUCCUGAUUUUUUGCAACAAGUAGAAGUAGAGCAGGCUACCAGCAAUUUUGAGAGCAAGAAAAAUGAAGCUCCCUGUUUUUGUAGUAGAUGCAUUUACAGCAAAAGCAUUUCGUGGGAAUCCUGCCGCUGUUUGCCUCCUAGAAAAUAAAUUGGAUGAAGACAUGCAUCAAAAAAUUGCAAGAGAAAUGAACCUCUCUGAAACUGCUUUUAUCCGAAAACUGCACCCCACUGACAACUUUACACAAAGUUCCUGCUUUGGAUUGAGGUGGUUUACGCCGGCGAGUGAGGUUCCCCUCUGCGGCCACGCUACCCUGGCUUCCGCGGCUGUGCUGUUUGAGAAGAUAAAAAACGUGAAUAACACUCUAACCUUUGUCACUCUGAGUGGGGAACUGAAGGCCAGAAGAGCAGAGGACAGUAUUAUCCUGGAUCUACCUCUUUAUCCUGCCCACCCCCAGGACUUCCAUGAAGUGGAGGACUUGAUAAAGACUGCCAUAGGUGAUAUCCUAGUCCAAGACAUCCGCUAUUCUCCAGAUACCCGAAAGCUCCUUGUCCGGCUCAGUGAUACUUACAAGAGGUCAUUCCUGGAGAACCUGAAGGUGAACACACAGGAUCUGCCGCAAGUGGAAAACACAGGGAAGGUGAAAGGACUCAUUCUCACCCUUAAAGGAGAGCCUGGAGGGCAGACCCAAGCAUUUGAUUUUUACUCCAGAUAUUUUGCACCGUGGGUUGGUGUGGCUGAAGACCCUGUAACAGGGUCUGCACAUGCUGUUCUCAGCAGCUACUGGUCCCAGCAACUGGGGAAGAAAGACAUGCAUGCCUUUCAGUGUUCCCACCGAGGAGGAGAGCUGGAGAUUUCUCUGCGUCCUGAUGGGCGGGUUGACAUCAGGGGCAGCACUGCUGUUGUUCUAGAGGGCACGCUGACAGCCUAGAGGUGGCUGUGGUUCAAUGCUGAGAUUUUGAAUGACUAAGUGUUUUCUGCACAAAAAGAAAUGGAAGCGGCUGCCUUUACCAAACUUGCACAAUAGUUCACUUCAUCCCCACGAUAGAAAUAGAAAAAUGAAGACAUAUUAAUGGAAAUUUCAUCAUGCUUACUGACUAAUUAAUUUAUGGAGUUUUGGCUUUGCCUGCGAGUGUAUUUGACAUAGAAGUAACCAGUAACAAAGAAUGAUGUUGUCACCUCAAUUAUGACUACCGAUCACAGAAUGAGGAGUACAUUUAUGAGGAGUAAGAUCAAACCAUUUAAACUUAGGUGUGAGUGGGCGCCUGGGUGGCUCAGUUGGUUAAGCGACUGCCUUCGGCUCAGAUCAUGAUCCUGGAGUCCCUGGAUCGAGUCCCGCAUCGGGCUCCCUGCUCGGCGGGGAGCCUGCUUCUCCCUCUGACCCUCCCCUCUCUCAUGUGCUCUCUGUCUCUCAUUCUCUCUGUCUCAAAUAAAUAAAUAAAAUCUUUAAACUUAGGUGUGAGUAUCUGAUAGACCAUUUUGUAGCCGUUAAAAAGACGCAAUAACUAUGUGGAAAUAUUGAAAAGUAUCUCAUGACACAAUACUAAGAAAGGGAAUUACAGUGGACUACAAAAUGUUAGCAGUGUUAUGUUUAUAUCUAUGGACAAUAUGAAUAUAUAUGGACAAAGAUGGGUCAUGAAAAUAGAAAGGUGACAACUGUUCAUGUGUGUGUGUGUGGGGGGGUAAGAUUGGGAGUCAUUUUAAGGCACCUAAAAAAUUAUUUCCCUUACUGGAACACACUCAUGUUCAAUAACUAAAAAAUCAGGACAUAUAACAGAAUAACCCAAAAACCCAGAUAUUUCAAAAAAUGUAUA